AAUUCCUCCUGCUUUUGCAAUUAGCAUCCUCUCCUAAAGCUGUUGGACUUCAGUGCUCAGAAUCCACCGCACUCCAUGGUGCCUCUUGACAGAAUGACUCUUUCUGUGCUCACACAAAUGGAAAAAGAAAAGGUGACAAGCUCUGGGGAGGCGCCGUGCAGGUCUCAAACGGAAAAGCUGCUAAGCCACUCUUCCCUUGGCUGAGGGUUAGUGAUCUGGUGUGGUAAAGGAGGCUUAGGACCCAGGGGGCGCCUUUCAGCUGAAAAAUACCUCGCGCUGCAGCAAGCUAGCUGGAAAGCUCCCAGUUCUAGAGAAGCUGUUUACCAGAAGAGCAUUAACAAGGGCAGGUCCGACUGCAAGGCUGGGGCUGGGAGGCCUACGGCUGCCAAGGAGACCCCAGUUGGCCACGGCUUGUUCCAUCACUUGCAAGCCGGUGGAGGCGAGGAUGCUGCUGGCUUGGGUACACACAUUCCUUCUCAGCAACAUGCUUCUGGCAGAAGCCUAUGGAUCUGGAGGGUGCUUCUGGGACAACGGCCACCUGUACCGGGAGGACCAGCCCUCGCCCGCGCCGGGUCUCCGCUGCCUCAACUGGCUGGCCGCACUCGGCGGCCUGGAGUCGGUCGCGGAGCCAAGCCCCGGCAACCACAACUACUGCCGGAACCCGGACCAGGACCCUCGCGGGCCCUGGUGCUACGUCAGAAGCGACAGCGGCGCCCCUGAAAAGCGGCCAUGCGAGGACGCGCACUGCCCAGAGACCACUUCCCAAGCACCACCAGCUUCCACAACGGAGCCGGAAGAGAGGUCUGAUGUACCUGGUGACGAUGAAGUGUUUGCUCCCGCUAAUGCCCUGCCCGCCCGGAGUGAAGCUGCAGCCGUGCAGCCAGUGAUUGGGAUCAGUCAGCGUGUGCGGACGAACUCCAAGGAGAAAAAGGACCUGGGAACUCUGGGUUAUGUGCUGGGUAUUACCAUGAUGGUGAUCAUCAUCGCCAUUGGAGCUGGUGUCGUGUUGGGCUACACCUACAAGCGGGGAAAGGACUUGAAAGAGCAGCAUGAGCAGAAAGUGUGUGAGAGGGAGAUGCAGCGGAUCACCCUGCCGCUGUCUGCCUUCACCAACCCUACCUGUGAGAUCGUGGAUGAGAAGACUGUCAUCGUGCAUAGCAACCAGACUCCUGUCGACCUCCAGGAGGGCAGCACUCUCCUCAUGGACCAGGCCGGCACCCCUGGGGCCUGAACCCUGCCAGUGGGGAGGAGUCCACGCAGACACUGGUGGAGGACAGCCCACCCUUCCAUGACUGGGAGGAGCUACAUUUUGUGUUGUGGUUAAGACCCUAAUCCCCAUUUCUCUUUCCUUUUUUUUGGGUGGAUCCUUACAACAAGCAGAAGCAGGUAGCACUGUGGGUAAGGGCAAGGAGGCUGGGUAGGGCCUAUUGAUGCUCCUUUUCCAUCCCUUGGAGCACAGUUUCACUUGUGGAUGGAGACAGUGGCACAGCUCCCUAAGUGGUGCUGUGGUUAAUAAGGGCUUCCAGACAUUGCCUAUGGCCCUGGAACUGGACCAGGGACAGAUGGGGAGCUCCCCAAGGCUCCUCUGUGCUUUAUUAUCUAAGAUGGCCUCAGCCUCUGUUUCCAUUUGUUGUUCAAGAGCUUGAGUGGCAUACACUGUUAUUUAAAGUUAGACAGGUCAAGAGGCAGCAUUUAAAAAAAAAAUUGUUUUUUAAGUAUUUGAGAUGGACUGACUUCUGAGUCAGUCCCUGCUGACUUCUGAGAACCGGAAAUGAGUUUGUAUAAAAGUCAGAACUCUGAGCUGAGAAGGGCUCUAGGCUGGAUGCUUGCUGGCUGUGCUUCAGCUUGCUGGCUGUGAUGUGCCUUGACAACUGUGGGCCAGACCUGGGCCCAGGGUAUCUUCCUGUUUCGAAAGGAAAAGGGAAGAAUUGCACUAAACAUUCCAUUUAGGAAGAAGAUAGAAAACCUGUUUCUGCUUCAGCCUAGCCACAGGGCACAAGCAGACCUCGGAUGUCCAGACUGUCUCUCUUCUGGGAUGGAUAGUGACCUCUCCAUUUUGUGCCAGUAAUAGCAGCCAGCCAGCCCAUAGGAAUCAUACACUUCAGGGUCUGGGGAGCUGCUUCUGUGAGGUGAACUUGAAAACUAAGCUCAAAGGCUAGGUAAUAAAGCCUGGUGGGACUCUGCAGCAUACCCUAGUUUGCAGGCAGCCCUGUGGCCCCCAGGCAAGUGCCUUCUGUAGGGCUAGAGUUGCAACCCAUAUGAAAUAAUCACAGAACCACUGGAAAAGACCCUGAGGUUCUUUAAGUCUUUCAGAUGAAGGGCCCUAGAGAGGGAAAAGACUUGCCCAAGAUCAAAGAGCAGCUUCUGAGUGGCAGAAGUCAGCCUCUUGGCUGAGUGCAGUGUUUCUCUACUGCUGUGUAUAAUGGCUCAGAGCCCUACAGGCCCUGCUGUCACUGAGGCCUUGGCAGCGCUCCCCAGCCACUGCCCUUCUACUGCUCAACAUGGAGAGAGGUGAGUGGGGCUCAUUCCCUUCAGCAGGCUAUUCCUUAGAGCCAUUUGUUGAGGGGACCCAGACCUCAGGGGUUCCCGUGGUGGUAUUGGAAUUAGAAAAGAGAACAUUACUGAUUUCUACUUUUCUAUAAAAGCAUUUCUCUGUAUACAUGUUUUAUAUACCUCAUUCUGAUACCUGUGUGUAAUGUAUGGGAAAUUGCUCUGCAUUUGAACUUCUAUAAACAUGAAACAAAA